CAGCCCGGCGAUGUAUUUACAGUGGUCAUGGCCAUUUUGCUGGGAUCAUAUUUCCUGGGUGUUAUUAGCCCACAUCUGAUGGUACUUCUCAACGCUCGCGUAGCUGCUGGCUCCAUAUAUCAAACGAUUGAUCGGAACGUUCAUUUUCGAUAUCCAACACGAAAAAAUGUCAAAGUACUGAAUGGCUUGGAUUUGGUUGUUGAGCCAGGUCAAACAGUCGCCCUUGUUGGACACAGCGGCUGCGGCAAGUCGACAUUGGUUGGACUUAUUACGAGGCUGUAUGAAGCAGAAUCUGGAACGGUCACUAUUGAUGGAUAUGACGUACGUCAUGUGAAUAUUGAAUGGUUAAGAAAUGUGGUCGGUGUUGUGCAGCAAGAGCCUGUUCUGUUCAGCGACACAAUCGAAGCAAAUUUGAAAGCGGGAAAUUCGAAUGCCAGUCAACAGCUAAUCGUCGAAGCGUGUCGCACAGCCAAUGCUCAUGACUUCAUCAAAAAACUACCUCAUGGCUAUAAAACAAUUAUCGGUGAAGGUGGUGUACAGCUGUCAGGAGGCCAGAAACAGCGCAUAGCAAUAGCACGGACGCUAAUACGCAAUCCAAAAAUACUGCUGUUAGAUGAGGCAACGAGCGCACUGGAUACGCAUUCUGAAGCGAUCGUGCAGGUGAUAAUUUGUAUCACUUUCAUGUCAAAACUGAUGAAAGCCAAUCGAAGAAACAGUUCCACCAGAACUUUGUCUUUUACUCUACUAUAAUU